AUGGCUAACCUAAGAACUCAAAAAAGACUUGCAGCCUCCGUUGUCGGUGCUGGUAAGAGAAAGGUUUGGUUGGACCCAAACGAAACCUCUGAGAUUGCCCAGGCCAACUCCAGAAACGCGAUCAGAAAGUUGGUCAAGAACGGUACCAUCGUCAAGAAGGCCGUCACUGUCCACUCCAGAUCCAGAACGAGAGCCCACACCCUAUCCAAGAGAGCCGGUCGUCACUCCGGUUACGGUAAGAGAAAGGGUACCAAGGAAGCCAGAUUGCCAUCCCAAGUUGUCUGGAUCAGAAGAUUGAGAGUCUUGAGAAGACUUUUGGCCAAAUACCGUGACGCCGGUAAAAUCGACAAGCAUCUAUACCACACUCUAUACAAGGAGUCCAAGGGUAACGCCUUCAAGCACAAGAGAGCUUUGGUCGAGCACAUCAUCCAAGCCAAGGCCGACUCUCAACGUGAAAAGGCGUUGGCUGAAGAAGCUGAAGCCAGAAGAUCCAAGAACAAGGCCGCUCGUGCCAGAAGAGCCCAAAAGGUCGCUGAGAAGAGAGAAGCUUUGUUGAAGUAA